UGAUCAUUGAGCACCAGCCCACACAAACACAUUAAUGGAGAACCAUAACAAGGUUCUAAUGCUAUUUGCAUAUACUUUCUUUUUUUUCUCUAUACAAACUUUUUCUAAACAAAACACUCUUACAACUAUAACACCAAAUCAAUUUAUUCAAUAUAAUGACACCCUUGUUUCUUCAACUGGAAUCUUUGAAGCAGGUUUUUUCAACUUUGGAGAUCCACAACGUCAAUACUUUGGUAUAUGGUACAAAACCAUAUCACCAAGGAUUAUUGUAUGGGUUGCUAAUACAGAUAAUCCAAUACAAAACUCAUCUGUAAUACUCAAACUCACCGAAGAAGGAAGCCUUCUUAUUCUUGAUGGAUCAAGAGGUAAAAUUUGGUCCUCCAAUUCAUCAAGGAUCACAGUUGUGCAGUUGUUAGAUUCAGGAAACCUUGUUGCGAAUGAUGCGAACAACACCACAUUAUGGGAAAGCUUUGAUUAUCCUGGUAAUACUUUCCUUCCUGGAAUGAAGCUGAGAACUAAUUUACUUACAGGUCCUUAUAAAUAUAUCAAAUCUUGGAAAAGUCCUGACGAUCCUUCCGACGGUGAGUUUUCGUAUCGGAUGGAUACUCGUGGUUAUCCUCAAUUGAUUGUUGCUAAAGGAGCAAAAAUUCUUCAUAGAGGAGGGUCAUGGAAUGGAUAUAUUUUUACUGGAAUUUCAUGGCAAAUGCAUAGAUACUUUAAUUUUUCAUUCGUGUUAACUAACAAAGAAGUCUCAUCCGAUUACGAAACGUUGAAUAGUUCGAUGAUUACUAGAUUUAUUCUAGAUCAAUCAGGAAAUUCGCAACGUUUCGUUUGGUCGGAUAGGACUCAAGAUUGGGAGGCUAUAAUUUCACGCCCAUUAGAUGACUGUGAAAAUUACGCAAUGUGUGGUGUAAACUCAAACUGCAAUAUUAAUGACUCUCCAAUUUGUAAAUGUUUGGAUGGUUUUAUACCAAAAUUUCAAUCAAAAUGGGAUUCAUCAGAUUGGACUGGUGGAUGUAUAAGGAGAACUAAAUUGAAUUGUGUUAAUGGAGAUGAGUUUUUGGCAUACACAAAUGUGAAGUUGCCUGACACAUCAUCAUCUUGGUUUGAUAAGAGGUUGAGCCUUGAUGAAUGUAAGAAUGUGUGUUUGAAAAACUGUACUUGCAUUGGAUAUGCAAAUUUAGAUGUUAGAGAUGGUGGGAGUGGUUGCUUGCUUUGGUUUGAUAGCAUUGUUGACAUGAGAGAACAUGUGGACCAAGGACAAGACAUUUACCUACGACUUGCAUCUUCAGAACUAGAUCAUAUAAAGAAUAAGAAGAACUUGAAUAUGAAGAAGCUUGCUGGGAUUCUUGGAGUAAUUAUUGCAUUCAUCAUAGCACUUACAGUUCUUUUGUUGGUCUCAUCAACAUUUAGGAAGAAGCUUGGGUAUAUAAAAAAGUUAAUUAAAUGGAACCACAAGAAAGAAAACAAGGAAAAUAAAGAAGAUGAGUUGGCAACAGUAUUUGAUUUUUCAACCAUUGAUAAUGCCACAAAUAACUUCUCUAACAGAAACAAGUUAGGAGAAGGUGGCUUUGGACCAGUAUACAAGGGUAUAUUAGCAGAUGGACAAGAGAUUGCCGUUAAGAGACUUUCUAAAACAUCAGGACAAGGAACUGAGGAGUUCAAAAAUGAAGUUAAAUUAAUGGCAACACUUCAACAUCGUAAUCUUGUAAAACUUCUUGGUUGUUCUAUUCAUCAUCAUGAGAAGUUGUUGAUCUAUGAGUUCAUGCCUAACAGAAGCUUGGAUUACUUUAUUUUUGAUAAUACACGAAGUAAAUUACUAGAUUGGACAAAGCGCUUGGAAAUUAUUGAUGGGAUUGCUCGGGGGCUGUUAUAUCUCCAUCAAGAUUCUACACUGAGAAUCAUACAUAGAGAUCUCAAGACAAGCAAUAUUCUUCUUGAUAUUGAUAUGAUCCCAAAGAUAUCAGAUUUUGGUCUAGCCAGAUCAUUUGUAGAAGAUGAAGUUGAGGCUAAUACAAAUAGAGUGAUGGGAACAUAUGGUUAUAUGCCUCCGGAAUAUGCGGUGCAUGGAUCUUUUUCAAUAAAAUCUGAUGUCUUUAGCUUUGGUGUCAUUGUACUUGAGAUAAUUAGCGGGAGGAAGAACCGUGGAUUUUGUGAACCUCGCCAUCAUCUUAACCUUCUUGGUCAUGCAUGGAGACUAUGGAUUGAAGAAAGACCAAUGGAGUUGAUAGCGGACAUAUUAUAUGAUGAGGCAAUAUCUUCAGACAUAUUAAGAUUCAUUCAUGUGGGUCUAUUGUGUGUACAACAUCAACCAGAAAAUAGGCCUAAUAUGUCGUCUGUGGUUUUUAUGUUAAAAGGCGGAAAUUUAAUCCCAAAACCAAGUGAACCCGGAUUCUACGUAGGAACAGAUGAUACAAUGAACACAAGAUCUUCUUCAAAAGGGUGUUCGGUAAAUGAAGUUUCAAUCUCAUUGUUAGAGGCUAGAUAGUAUGCAACCGUGAUUUUUACAAACAUAAGAGAGAAAACUCUAUUUUAUACUCAAUAUGAUAGUAAAUCAUUAAAACUAGAUCACCAUGACUUGUGCACAAGAAAAACUGUAUAUGUUAGAAUCAUUCUAAAUAUAUUCUUAUAGUGAAAAACAAUUAUUUUUAAGCAAAA